AGGUCAAGGGGAAAGAAGCAUGGCUGCGUUGUUUAGAGGGUCCCGAAAUUUAUUGUUAAGGUGGAAUAAGCAUGUCGACUUUGCCUUCGCGUCAACACGAUCAAUGGCCUCAAAGACGCCAGUGGGGUUUAUUGGUCUGGGAAACAUGGGCACUCCCAUGGCCAAAAACCUGCUAAGAAAUGGUUAUCCUGUCAUUGCUACUGACGUCUUCCCUGAGUCUUGCAAGGAGCUGCAGGACACUGGUGCCCAGGUAGUGGACUCCCCAGCAGAGGUGGCAGAGAAAGCAGACCGCAUCAUCACCAUGCUACCCUCUAGUCCCAAUGUCAUAGAAGUCUACACAGGCCCAAAUGGCAUCCUCAAGAAGGUGAAGAAGGGGACUUUGCUGAUUGACUCCUCCACAAUUGAUCCUGCUGUCUCUAGAGAAAUGGCAGUUGCUGCAGAGAAGAUGGGUGCUGUGUUCAUGGACGCUCCAGUGUCAGGAGGUGUUGGGGCUGCCAGCAUGGCCAAACUGACCUUCAUGGUAGGUGGAGUAGAAGAGGAAUACAACGCUGCUCAGGAGCUGCUCACCUGCAUGGGAGCCAAUGUUGUCUACUGUGGGCAGGUUGGCACUGGACAGGCUGCUAAAAUCUGCAACAACAUGCUGCUAGCCAUUGGAAUGAUUGGGACUGCAGAGACCAUGAACCUUGGCAUCAGACUGGGUUUAGACCCCAAACUGCUGGCGAAGAUCCUCAAUAUGUCCUCAGGUCGUUGCUGGUCCAGCGACACGUACAACCCUGUCCCCGGAGUGAUGGAGGGAGUCCCCUCUGCCAACAACUACCAGGGUGGCUUUGGAACCACACUAAUGGCCAAGGAUCUUGGUUUGGCCCAAAACACUGCCACCAACACUAAGACACCGAUUCCUCUGGGUUCCCUCGCCCACCAGAUCUACCGAGUCAUGUGCUCUCGCGGCUACGCUAACAAGGACUUCUCAUCAGUCUUCCAGUUCCUGCGCGAGGAGGAAGGACAGUGAACGAAGGGGUAGCACAGCUGACUCUGCUGCUACCAUACACAAACACACACAUGCACACACACAUCAGAACCUCACACCCCAGUGCCCCUUAUCCCACUAUGCUCAGGAGAGACUAAGGCCUUGCCCUCAGGCACAGAUCUGCGGUCCAAUUAACAUACUGUAUGUCGACACAUGUCUCCUCAUUGCAUUAGCUGAAUCAUAUAUUCAAUUGAUGGCACACCCUCUACAUGGAGGAAAUGCUAAAACUGACCUUAGAUCAGUAUCUAGAGACAAAGCAACUCUCUUUCUGGUUUGUGCUGAGAGGCCAGGGUAGGGAAAAUGAGAGGUAGUAUGAGGUGCUGCAGGUUUACAUGUAACAAUGCAAAUACUAUGUGGUUUUUCAGGAUGAUGGAAAAGUAAUUAUUGCAUGAAUGUUCAAGCUUAAGUAUAUUCUUGUUGGAUUUGUGCUAUUUGCCUGUUACCCAAGUUACAUGAGCAUGUCCCUGUUAAAUGAUAGAGGACAGAAAAAACAGUAAGGUUUCACAUAAUGAUAGAAAUUCAAUCAAAGAGAGUCCAGAGGUUGCGUUCUCCUUUAGCUCAUGCCAACAUUCACAGCACUACGUGUAAGGUUACCCAAACCGGCCACACAUUAGGCUCAAAGUUUACUUGUUUGGUUCCACUUCUAAGUUUUUGGCAGGAAAAGAAAGACUGUCAUUCAGUCAUUUAUGUUUUCCUGCUAGUGCACUUUCAACUGUUUUCAUUAUUCAAUAUUUCAAUAAAUCUUUUUUUUUUUUUUAACCUUGUGAAUACACUAUAGUUACAGCACUUUGGGUCCUUUGGUACUACAUUUAAGUCUUUACUCACUGGAUCGCCCAGUUCUGCUCUGCAAUACUGUGAGAUAAAUAUCCGGUUAUUUUUGCACCAUGUGCAUCGCAGUGCGAUGUGCUGGGCCGUUUUGAUACAGUUACAGAAUCUAUUUGAACUUACCUCUUUUUCUCUACUGUCUACAUCUGCCUAUUGAGCCACUGGAGUAUUAUUUUGUGACCAAUACUGUUCAAAUUUGAUACUAUUCACUACAAAAUGUUGUUCUGACUGUCUUGCACCUUCGUUGGUCAGUUUUUGUCCUCACAUAUUUCUCCUCUCUGUCUGUCCCUUUUGCGUCGAUGACAUCUAUGUAAAGUGUUAGUGAGGAAUUGUUCCUCCCUGCUCUGAGAAAAUGUACAUAAUGUAUAUUUCAUUUUGUUGUGUAGUAUUGAAGAGGCAUCUAAAUGGACUGUCACUUUUUUUUUUUAGUAAAAUUCAUCAAUAGUGUCUACAGUCUGUCUUUGCUCUGUGAAACAGACCUUCAGUCACGCUGUAGCCUAAAAUAAAAGAUGUUCUGUGUA